AAUGUCGAUAGCUACUUCACUCUCUCACAGUAAAAAAAAGAAGAUAACAAUGGCGGAAACUGAAAGACCCCACCGUUCUUCAAGUAUUAACAGUAGCAGCAACGCAAGGAACGCUUCUUCAACUGAUUUAUUCAUUUGUUUCACAUCUCGCUUCUCUUCUUCCUCCUCCAUGCGCCUCUCUUCCCUCAGCCCAGCUCGCUCCGCCUGCCUCACAACUUCUCUCAGCCGACGUCUCCGUCCUAGCGGCAGCAUAAAGAACGCUUCGGCCGGAGUCCUAAACUCUCCGAUGUUCGGUAAUAGCGGAGGACGUAAGAGAUCUGGAUCGGGUUACGAAAAUAAUAAUAACAACAACAUAGAGCCGUCGUCUCCGAAGGUGACGUGUAUCGGUCAAGUGAGGGUGAAGACAAGGAAGCACGUGAAGAAGAAGAUGAGAGCGAGAUCUAGGAGGAGAGGCGAGACGAGCAGCUUCAGGAGAUCGUCCUCCGACCAAAACGACAGAGGAGGGUGUCGUUUCGACGCGAGCGAUAACCGUUGGGUUCAUUUCCCCGUGACCAUCUGCGAGUCGCUGAGAUCGUUCGGCUCCGAGCUUAACUGCUUCUCCUCCUCCUCGCCGUGUAGAUCGUCUUGCGUGGGCGGUAAAGACGGGCGGCGAGGUGAGGGUAACGGCGGCGGAGGAGGCAGCUCGUGCUUCACGAGGUGGUUUGUGGCGGUGGAGGAGACGGGAGGGAAGAGGAGGGAGAUCGAGCUUGUGGUUGGAGGAGGGGAAGACGAGGCAGCGGAGGAUGGGAGGAGGAGGAGUCGCCGGAGGCAUGUUUUCGAGGGGCUUGAUUUGAGCGAGAUUGAGAUGAAGACGGAGGAGAGGAGAGGGAGGGAGGAUGUUGGGAUGAUUAAUCUCUGUUCUCCGCCGAAGAAUGCUUUGCUGUUGAUGAGGUGUAGAUCUGAUCCGGUUAAGGUGGCUGCGUUAGCUAACCGGGUUCGGGAGAGGCAGAUGUCGCUUGAUGACCGUGUGUAUGGAGGAGAAGAGGAGGAAGAUGAGCAGAGGAGAAGGUUUGAGCUUGACUUGGAAGACAAGAAGCGGAUCGAGCUGUGUGAGAAAUGGAUCUCCGGCGAGAGAGAAGUAGUUUCUAUUACAGAACCAGAAGCUCCCAAAGAGGAAGAACUUGUACACGAGGAAGAGAUUGAAGCUAUGAUCAUCAAACACAUCGAAGACGAUCUAAGAAACGCCAUAGAGGAAGAAGACGAGGAGCAAACGGCUGAGAUGGAAGAAGAAGAAAGUAAAGAGGAGGAAGAGAUAGCAGCUGCCUCUGUGACUCCAAACGUGGAAAGAUCCAACCAAGGAAACCGAGAACCCGACCCGAGUCCGGAAGUGAUAAUGAGAGGAGGAGAUCAGCAGCACGAUGAAACAGCUGAGAAAGACAAGACGACGCCGUAUAAGGUGUUACCGGAUUGUCUGUUGCUAAUGAUGUGUGAGCCAAAGCUAUCGAUGGAAGUCUCAAAGGAGACUUGGGUCUGCUCCACAGACUUCGUUAGAUGUCAACCGGGAAGACCUCCGGCGAAGAAGAUAACAGAACAUCAUCAUCAUAACCAUCAACCCAAGAAACGAAUCGUCACCGGUGUUGACUCCAACGCAUCCUCUCGCCGGCGUUCUGUCGAUAAACGACCUGUUCACCAUUCGCUGUUACAGCCGCCGAGGUCAUCGUGCUCGUACCCAGCAGCUCCGCCGUUAUUAACGACUGCUGCGUCGGUUAGAGAGCAGAAGGCUGCCGGAGGUAACAAGGCGUACGAGCCGCCAGUGCUGCCACGUUGCAAGUCGGAGCCGAGGAAGUCAGCUUCGAAGCUUGCGCCGGAAGCUUGUUUCUGGAAAAAUCGGAAGCUCGAGCCGCAUCCUCAAGCUUCCGUCGGAGUCGGCGGCGGUGCCGGAGUAGGGUUCUAGAAGAAAGGAUUGGGACUUGAGUGGGAAUAAGAGAAACUAUUUGGGGUGUAAUAGUAAUUUAAGAAUUUUAUUUGUCCUUGUUUGUAAAUUUUGUUUUUGUUAGUCACAAUUAAUUUCUUGCGCUAUUCCAAUGUUUUAUCAUGAAAAUCUGUAUCCUUCUUUUGUCCGUUA